CUAUAUAAGGCAGCUGGUCUUCAUUUACUCCCAAGCCAGGAACGAGCGCAGCUAUGGCAGCCAAGCUACAGAACGCUGCCGCCGACAAAGAACCGAGGAUCACGCUCUUCGUGGUCCUCACCUGCAUGGUUGCCGGCUCCGGUGGACUCCUCUUCGGCUACGACCUCGGCAUCUCUGGCGGUGUCACUUCCAUGGAUUCUUUUCUGAGCAAAUUCUUCCCCGAAAUUCUUGCGAAGAUGAAGAAUGAUAGAAAUGUUAGCAACUACUGUAAGUUUGAUAGCCAGUUGCUGAUGGCUUUCACAUCGUCACUUUACAUAUCGGGGUUCUUUGCUUCUCUGCUGGCUUCGCCGGUGACUAAGAGGUUCGGCCGGAGGCCCUCCAUGCUCUUCGGAGCUGUGUUGUUUCUUGCCGGAGCAGGACUCAGUGGCGCUGGCUUCAACCUGUUAACUGUUAUCCUUGGCCGGAUACUUUUUGGGGCUAGCAUCGGCUUUACCAACCAGAGCAUCCCUUUAUACAUCUCAGAGAUGGCCCCGCCGAAGUACAGAGGAGCCAUGAACGGUUUCUUCGAAAUCUGCAUCAGCAUCGGACUCCUAGCAGCAAAUCUCAUAAACUACGGCACAGAAAAGAUCAAGGCCGGUUGGGGAUGGAGACUCUCCCUCGCCCUGGCCGCCCUCCCCGCCUCCCUCCUCCUCAUCGGCGCUCUCUUCCUCCCUGAAACCCCAAGCUGCAUAAUCCAUCGAAAUGGAGAUUCACAGAAAGCCUCCCGUAUUCUGCAAAAGAUCCGCGGCACCGACGACGUCCACGACGAACUCAACAGCCUGAUUUCCGCAGCCGCCGACGCCUCCUGCGGGGCAUCAGAACAUCCCCUACGCAGACUACUUCGACGAAACUACCGUCCCCACAUCGUCAUGGCUUUCCUUCUCCCUGCUUUCCGUCAAUUCACCGGAAUAAAUUUCAUAACUUUCUACGCGCCGGUGAUGUUCCGGACCAUCGGGUUCAAGGAAAGCGCCUCACUUAUGUCAGCGGGGAUGACAAGGCUUACAGCUACGAUAUGCACUCUGGCGACCAUGGCGGUGGUGGAUAAGCUCGGGCGCCGGAAAUUCUUCCUCCUCGGCGGCACGCUCAUGAUUGUAGCGUUGGUGAUGGUGGGAGGAAUAAUGGCAUUGAAAUUGGGAGAUCAGGGCGCAAUGGAAGACGGCUAUGCCUACCUCGUGUUGGCCCUUCUCUGCAUCUAUGUGGCUGGUUUUUCUUGGUCGUGGGGGCUGUUGCCAUGGCUUGUGGCGAGUGAGAUUUUUCCGCUGGAGAUCAGAUCGACGGGGCAGAGUAUUUUUGUCGCUUCGGACUUCUUUUUCGGAGCUUGGAUUGCGCAGAGCAUGCUUUCCAUUCUCUGUUACAUGAAAUUUGGUGUUUUUUUCUUGUUUGGAGGAUUUGUGGUGUUGAUGAGCUUGUUUGUGUUUUGGUUUUUGCCGGAGACGAAGGAGUUGCCGUUGGAGGAGAUGGGGAAGGUGUGGGAAGACCAUUGGUUUUGGAAGAGGUUUGUAGAAUUGGAUGAGGAGAAGGGAAAUAACAAGAAUGUGCAGAUUGCUUAGCUUUAAAUCGAUGCAAUAAGAAUAAUAAUAUUUCUCGAUUAGUUUUCAA